GUUAAAUGAAUUAACCUUAUUCGGCUUAAAAAAUUUAAACAAAUAAAUGUUUCCCAUGAAAUCAAAAAAACUUUAUAGAUAGAUUUAUCAACACGUACUGAAGUAUGUAUUUUUCAUUAUUCAUGACAGUCAUCAAAAAGAAAUGACAAAAAUAUAAUCAAAAUGUGGUAUGCCGCCCUGAUUAGGUUUAUUAGAAGAAGAAUUAUACUGGGAAUCAUUCUAGCAGUGUCUUUUAUUUAUUGUGUUCUAAGUUACACGGGAAAGGGAGAAUUUUUGAGUAGUACUGAUGAGGAUGUACUUGCUAAAAGGACUCAACCGUUUGUAUGGAGAACAUUACAAGAGCAUAAUACCACUGAAGAUGAUAUGUCUUGUAGAAAUUCUGUUCAAGGGAUGGCGCUGAUUGUCGAUGAUAGAGGCUUUAUUUGCCCUAGACAGGAACUUUUAGCAAAUGGUUGUUGCAACGAUGAAAUGCCAUCGGCUACUCAAUACUCUUGUGAAACUUGCAAGCCUAAUAACUGCUGUGAAAUAUAUGAAUACUGCAUUUCCUGUUGUUUAGAUCCAGAUAAAAGAGAUUUACUUGAAGUUCUCCUUGAGAAAGCAGCUGAAGAGAACAAUGUUAUCUACGCAUCAGUAUCUGAUCAUUUUGAGUUGUGCCUUGCCAAGUGCCGAACAAGCUCAAAAAGUGUGCAGCAUGAGAAUUCCUAUAAAGAUCCAGUCAGCAAAUUCUGUUUUGGAGGACAUUCUCCUGGAUAUGAUGUUGAAGGGCAAUAAUGUGAACUAAAUAAAUUUUUAAUUUCAUUUCUUUGUAGGUCGGGGACCAGAAUGCAAUGUUACAACUUUUAAUCAAUUAUGAAAAGGAACUGAUUUAAGAAAAAUCUAUUAGAAACAUACUGUGAACCUGUCGUUGCUUAUGUUUGUUAUUUUAUCAAUUUUUUAUUUUUAUACAUAAUUUACCUGAAAUAUAUUAUUAAGAUCAUAUUGAAUAAAUAGUUAAUGUUAGGAGAAAAUUCA